GGGUAAUUAUUUUUUAAUUUGAGAUUUAUACAUCAUACGACAUGAUUUGUCAGGAUAAGACAAUAUUUGAGAUGCAACUAUUUUAAAAUCUGGAAUCUGUGACAGUCUUGUUGGCUUUUGCUAUAAAUAUACCUGCGCUACUUAAGACUCUGGGGUCAGAAAUGUAGAAAAUAAGCAUAUCAGCCCAGGCAGGCCUCCAACAGGUCUAAUACAUUUUAAUAUGUAGCCAGGCUGGAUGUGUUUUGCCACAGGAUCCAGUGGACUGUCAGGUUUUCCUUGUUUUAUUUGAUGCUUUAUUUUGAACAGUGGCAUGCCAUAUAUAAUGUAAUUCAAAAGGACCUUAUGGUUCAGCAAAGAUCCCCUAUUAUUUGUGAGCAUUUUACAUUAAAUCGUUAAUUUAAGUUACUUAUGAUUUCUUAAGACCCCACUGGUUUUUUAUGAGUAUGUUUGAGAUGUUUAUUUAUAAGCUAUUUAUAUAAAAAUUUAUAAUUUUUUGCUAGUCAUAGCUGCACCCUCAUAAUGCAUGCCACACUCAAUAUGGCGGAAUGGUGACGCCAAAACCAAAUUAUACGUCAGGCUGGUCAAAGUUCGCCUGUGUUUUGCCGGGAAAACCGUCUGCAGUUGUAGUCCACAUGACUUCGGCUAUCACAUAUUUAAAGAUCACUUGGCCUGCAUGUACAUUAGAGAGGUCCCACAGGGCGUGAAUGGGCCACUUGAGCUGCAUCAUUACAUAACAAUACCACAUGCAUUGUGCAUCUGACACCUAAACAUCCAAUAGCAGAAGUUUUACGAAGUUCCUGAAACCUGUUAUCAUUGCAGCCCACCUUUAUAAGGUCUGAUUAGACACUCAGUACUCAAACAUUCACCAUGGAGAAAAUAACAGAGAAGAUACUGCUGGAGAAAAGCUCUCCAAGGACAAACAAACUGGAACAGAUCAAGACCCUCAAUCUCUCACGCAUGGGUCUGAAGAGCGAGGAUCUGCCUGUGCCUUUGCUAUCUAAACUGUGUAGUCUGGAGCAGUUGGAUUUGUCUGGGAACUUGUUGCAGGAGAUUCCCAGAGGCCUCUCUCUGCCAUCCCUAAAGAUCCUUAACUGCUCAAACAACGAUAUGGAGGAUGUAGUCUCAGUGGAAGCCCUGAGAAGCAUAGAGGAACUUAGACUAGAGGACAACCUCUACCUUACAGUCAAUGAUGAGCACAAAGUGAUCUUCCUGUUACCUAUGCUGAGGAUGUUCAAUGGGAAGGAUAUCAGCUCUACGGCCCAUCAUAUUCGGCAUGGCAGCACUGAGAUCCUUAGGAAGAGGGUGGCUGGCAUGUGGGAACGAAGCUUCAGUGUCCCUGAUCCCAUUACGGCACAAAGUCUGGCUGCUGUGGAGAAGCGUUUCGUUAAUGCUGCUUGCACCCAAAUCAAAUACGGCCCUAAUUCCUUGAGCGAAUACACAAAGUGGAGGGUUGAAAUGAUUGCAAGAGAAUAUUUGAAGACGCUGACGUGCACUGAAGAAGAAAGCAGGGUCACAGACACAACUCCAACAAAGAAGAAUGAGGCUCCUGCAGAGAACAGUAUUACAAGUCCUCAGAAAAGAACCAGAAACAACUCUGAAGUGGCCGCAGAGGUCAGUCCACGGAAAUCAAGUCGGCUGGAUAGUGCAGCUCCGGUUGAAGCUAGUCCACGUAAAUCCACACAAGUGAUGACCACUCCACAGAAGACUGACCCUAUGAUGGCCAGCCCCAGGAAGCACACUAGACUGUCCAGUGCAGACACCCCAGAGGGCAGUCUAAGGAAAUCAAGCCGCCUGGAAAAUAUUUCUCAGAAAGGUGCUAACAAAGCUGAUAGCCCCAGAAAGGCAGCAAAGUCAAUCAUCUCUUCGCCCAUAUCAAGACCCGCUAAAUGUGAGAGCCCGAGAAAAACAGCUGAAGAUCAGAUUACAGCUCAACAGAGCAAACAGAAAACCGUCAAAACAGAAACCGACACACCUCUUAAGACCGCCUGUGCCAAACUCAGUGUUCCUCAGGAGCCGGUGAGUCUGCAACCGUUCCAUGUCUUGCAGUGUCACAGUCGGAAGGACAGUCCCGACGACUUCAGCACUCAGCUUUGGGCCUGUGCCUUUGAGCCCCCACCGGAAUGCGGUGAUGUCAGUGGUGGGUCUCGGACAGUCGCCACAUGUGGAGGGGAAACACUGUGUGUGAUUGACUGCGAGUCAGGGAACGUCCUGAAGAAAUACAAGGUUCCUGGUGAGGAGUUUUUCUCUCUAGCUUGGUCUUCGGUGCUGAUGUCCAGGACGGGUGGUUCUGCCCGUCCCUGCAAUAUCCUGGCAGCUGGGGGAAAGAGGGGACGUGUGAAGCUUAUCCAUCCCAGAGUCAACCUGGCAUUUGGAGAGUUUUCUGCCAGUCGACGUGCCAUUUCCAUUAUGCGCUUCAGUCCGCGCAACACUAGCUUUCUCUUCACUGGGACGUAUGAAAAUAAGAUCUUUUUGUGGGACAUUGGAAGACUGGAUUGUGAUUACAACUUUAAUGUCAGUAAGCUGCUAAUUCUGGAGACAGGCUCCACUCCUUUGCAUCUCUCUCUGCUCCCCACAUCUCCAGACACACACCUCCUCUCAGGCUGUGAUGAUGGGCUUUAUGUCUUUGAUAUCCAGCUCAGUAAAAACACACAGAAAAGAAAUGAGGAGAUGGAGAUUGUGUUUCCAGUUUACAAGAAAAAAGGCAAGGAGAACACCUACCGGACUAUUGAUGGACUGAGCUUUCUGUCAGAUGAUAUAGUGGCAUCCAAGAGCCACAUGCAGGGCUCUAUCUACCUCUGGAGCUGGAGUGCCACGCGGGCGUCUUGGAACAGCAGAAAGAAAGAGGUGCCUGCUGUUGUGUUGGCAAAGCUGCAGUGGUCCAGCACUGACAUCCCAUACCUGUCUCUAGCCACCUGUCCAGGCUAUGGUUAUGUGGUGUGUGGAGAUGAGCGAGGCAGGCUGUGGAUGUACCAUAUCACAGACUCCAUGAUGGAAAUCUUCAAGAGUGGAAAAACAAUCUCAGCCACUGAGGUGCUGGAGUGGCCAUCACCGGUCAGAACUGGAAUGGGUGCAUUAGAGGGGCCAUCUAUUAACAGCAUUGCCAUGGAUCCUGAUCUACGUUAUUUGGUUGCCCUCACUGACAAGAACAUGGCCGUGGUUUGGAAGAGAGAAAGUCAAUGAGCACAGUUGCUGACAUUAUUGCUUUGCAUUUCUGCACUCAAGCUGAAUUAAUUGAUCAUGGUUCUGUAAGAAAAGCAGUUAAAAAGGAAAUCAGACACCCUAAUUCACCUUCACUUAUUGUCUCAAAGAUACAAUCUAAUGUAGUAUCAUGUUAAAUUUGUUUAACUUAUUUUUGUAGAUGAAAGGCCACUGUUUUGUAACCUCUUUCAUAAUUGUAUGUCUUUCAGUAUUUUUUCUUGUUUGUUGUAGUUUUUUUAAACAUUGUUUUAUUUCAGAGAUUUUCAGAAUGAAUGGCAUUGUUCAAAACAUGACUUAUGUUUUUGUUUUAAUGAAUAAAAUGGUGUCAUUCACCAUUUUCCUUA